CGACAAUUUUGAAAAUUUGGGAAGAGUAUUAAAACACAGUACAAGAUUAUACCUUAAAACCUUGUUCCACAUCUGACCAACAGACUACCUUGGUCACGUUUUUUUUCUUUCUGAAGUGCUGACAUCUAGGCCGAAGUUGUUGCGUCCUUUUUUUUAAUUUUUUAGCGAAAACAAGUAGGUAUUGAUUACGGUCAUCAACAAUCUCUUGACGGUGACAAAAGCUUGAGGUUAAAAGGCCAGAGGAAUUUCAGCGCGAGACGCUUGGCCUUCAUUAUGCCAUGUCCGGCAUCAUCACUGAAAUUUUUACACCACGGAAUUUCAGAACUAGCUCAGCAAGGAGCCGGGCAGUGUCAGAGACUAAUUUGCUGAUCCACCUUAACCGAAUUUUGGAUUCCUACGAUGAAGACGCGAAAGUCGACUCGGUGAUAGCGGAAAACGCCACAUUGAAGACUGCCAAGAAGAUCCAUCGCCUCGACAGGAAGGACAGACACCAAGAUGUACAAGACGCUUGUCAAAUACACGAUUUAUCUCUCAAGGAAUCAUUCCUUAAAAGUUGCGAACAACUUGGAAUUCCUCCUUUAGCAAUGACUUACUUUCUCGACAAAGUCGCGGCCGGCGAAACGGAGCUGAUCAUGAGAAAUCUUGGGCUGGGUCCCACGGGUGCUGUUGCUGUCGCGGACGCCUUGUCACGCAAUAGGAGUGUCACGCGACUAGACUUGUCACUCAAUAACGUUCAGAAUAAAGGAGCUACAGCUGUUGCAAAAUUACUCGAGGCAAACAGUCUUAUAACUUAUCUGAAUCUUUCAGAGAAUAAGAUAAGUAAAGAUGGAACAGACGCUCUUGGAAACAUGCUGACUGUGAAUGAUUCUUUGGCGAGAAUUGACAUUUCGCGCAAUGGACUAAGUGAUGAUGAUAUUCAUUUUUUUAGUAACGUUUUACAAACUGAAGACUUUUUAUCUGCGUUAGACCUUAGUCAUAAUUCUUUUGGAGUCACCGGAGGAGAGCACUUUGGGGAAAUGAUCGCGAAAAACGUGUCCCUUCGCGAGUUGAACUUGGGAUGGAAUCGCUUAGGCGACCUCGGAGUCAAACAAAUCUGCGUGGGCUUGAAGAAAAAUCGAACGUUAGAGAAACUGGAUUUGUGUUGGAACGAGAUUGGCCAUGAAGGCGCAAGAUACAUCGCGGAAUCUUUGGAAUACAAUGGCAAAAUUAUUGAGUUAAAUCUCAAUAACAAUCGCAUCACCGACCGCGGAAUGGAGAAAAUUGCAAGGGGUCUGGAACUUAAUGAUACUCUACAAGUCGUCAAAAUUGGUUACAAUCUGGUCACUUCAGAGGGAGCAUGCGCACUGCUGCGGUCACUGCUGAAAAACCCUGGUAGUGCAGUAGAAACUGUUCACAUGGCUGAAGUGGAAAUAAACGGCGCUAUUAAAGAACUCUACUUAAAGCUUAAAUCGAGGAAAUCACGAUUUCGCCUUCUUGAUUUAUUUACAGCCAGUGGGGAUGUGUAUCACUUUGUUCAACCACAAAAUCCAAUGAUUGUACUGGAUGCCUAUUUAAAACGAAACAGACUGACGGCGUACAAGUGUAACAGCCUUGAAGAGGAAGAAGGAGAAGACUAAAACAUUUUUGUGAAGAAACACACAACAGAGAAACAAAAAUAACUUCAACCUUGCCUACAGGGGUUGUAAAUUACAGUUUACCGUGGACCUCAGGGUCCGAUGUUUAUAAAUCGCCUGCGGGGGGGAGGAGUCGGGUCAGUUUUGUAUGGUCCUCCCUUCUGUCCAUUAUACUCUGUCGGAGACAACUGAUUCCCCCUCUCCGGUCCCCCUGAAAACCAUGAGACCCCCAGAAACCCUCUAAAUUCCGCCCCCCCCCCCCCCAACGGCAAUUUAUAAUGAUUGGUCUCCAAAGUUGUAGUGUUUAUUUAUGAUGUUACCCAUUUCACUUCUUUGAAUGAACAAAAAGGAAUUUCUCCUUACAAUAUCGAUACAGUUGCAAGAAGUUUCUCCACACAGUCAUUUAAUGAUGCUCUCUUUCUACACUAAGUUUUAGCUGACAACGUGGUCGUCCUUAAUUAUUUGUGUUUCGUUUCAGUAACCUUGACAACGUAUGCACAUCUCCUUAAAUUCAUUUCCAUGGGUAACCAUCUGGUUUCACACCAUAUUGAGUUAUACUUAGAGGUUGUGAAAUAUUUUUCUCGCUUUUAAGAUAAAAAUUUGUACAACUCCUUCCCUUUCUUCAGUUCUUCACAUUAACGUUAAGAGCUUGCUUUCUAUUUUUCUUGAACACGUGUCAAUAAUGCCGCACUCUUUUCUGUGUAUUUGCACACUUCGUCCAUCACGCAUUUUAAGUAAAGCACUCAGUUUAUAAAGGAGAUAACCGCUGACGAGAACUUUGGAUGGAUUACGUUAACGUCGGCUCGUCUACCUUGACAACUCCCACUUGAAAGUCCGCCAAGUAUUUCACUUUUUCCGUCAACUUAACAGAAGAG